AUGGCGGGCCUGGGUGAGCCAGAGACUCAAGUCGUCGACCCUAGAGGUCCCCUGCCCUGCCGUCUGGUGCUCGAAAGAGACGAGGAAGUGGUCGGGCGCCGCAGUAACUGCAGCAUACGUGUGCGUUCCGCCAUUGUGUCAAGGCACCACGCCAUCUUCAGACGCGACGAAACGGGUCAGUGGCGAGUCGCGGACUAUUCGAGUUUGCACGGUGUGUACGUAAAUGGCCAGCGAGUCGAGACGGAGAGGCCGCGGCUUCUUCGACAGGAUGAUGUGAUAUCGCUUGGUCCACCGCAGCGAACCAAGCUACAUUUUCGAUUCGUCACAGACGACCCUCCGCAUCGAGGUGGUGAUGCAGGUCAACGUCUGACGGAUGCGACCACCUCUAGACCUCGCACAUUUCUCAUCAUGACCGGUGGUGGUGGCGCCAACCAGCUUCCAAGAGAGCGCGACAGUGGCAACGAAGUCUCGAACCGGUCGGCAGCGCCCACGGCUGAUGAAGGCGAAAGUGACUCGUCGCCCGCUUGGUCCCCCGAUGGAGACAACAACAAGGUUCUGCAGCACGCUGAAUCACCCAACAGAUUCGCAAUGGUGGGCCGGAGUGAUGCCUUCUCCGAGCACAGCAAGACCAGGCUGUCCUUAUGCAACAAUGCAGUGCGCAAAGUCGAAAGCAUCAUGGAGAACGAGCUGACGUGUGCUAUCUGCAGCGAGCUGUUCGUGGAAGCCGCCAUGCUUCAGUGUGGUCACACUUUCUGCUCAUACUGCAUUCACCACUGGAGGAAACAGAAGAACAUGUGUCCUUUCUGCCUCACCGCAAUCAGCUCCGUCACAAGGUCCUUCAUUGUGGACAACAUCAUCGACGAACUGGUUUGUUUCAAACCAGAGCUUAAGCGUGUUCGGGAGGCUGUGGCACGCUCCAGAUCAGCAGCUUCAAAGGGUCACCCUUAA